AUGUGGAUGAGGAAGUACGAACGACACCGUAAAUUUUGUCGAACCAGCAUAUACAAAGACUUCUGUCGUCUGCAACUGAUUGUUAGGGAAUUAUCUUCUUUAAAGAUGAUGACCUUGUUGGUUUUUUUGUUAGUUGUAUAUGCUAUUAUUUUCGCAAUUAAAUGGUUUAUCCGUCAUCGAAAACACGUUAUGCACCGUGAUUUGAUGGAGAAAUAUGGUGUUCCAGCCAAUCACAAGAUUGUUGGGUUCUUUCAUCCUUAUUGUAAUUGUGGGGGUGGGGGUGAACGUGUUCUAUGGACUGCAAUUAAGUGUAUGUUAGAAAAAUAUAAACACAUAGUAAUUGUUAUUUAUACCAAUGAUGCAGAGUGCCUUUCAAAUCCUGAUAAAGUUCUCAGUAACAUCCGAAGAAUAUUUGGAAUAUAUUUCAACAAACCUUCCAAUUCUGCUAUACAUUUUGUACCGCUGAAAUUAGAGAUUUUACUAACUCCGAAGCUAUAUCGUUUAUUCACACUAGCUGGUCAGGCUUUUGGUUCAGUUCUAGUUGGAUUGGAAGCUAUCUUUAGAUGCCCACCGGAUGUAUAUAUUGACACUACCGGAUUCGCUUUUACUAUACCUCUAGCCAAAUGGUUAUGUAAUUCACAGACAGCGGCUUACGUACAUUAUCCAACUAUAUCGUCUGUUAUGUUGCAACGUGUAUCGUCCUCACUGUUCUCAAAAAAUAAAAAUGAAAUAGUUUUAACUUAUAAUAAUCCUGAUUGGGUUAGAAAUAAUAAGAUCUUUUCCAGCAUAAAAUUCUUAUACUACAACCUUUUAAUCAAAGCUUAUAAAUUCUCUGGUUCAAGCAUAAAUGUCGAUGUUGCAAUGACGAAUUCAUCUUGGACUCAAAAGCAUAUUCAGUCAUUGUGGGGUGGAAAACCUGUUGUGCUCUAUCCUCCUUGUCCCGUCGAGGAUUUGGAAGGGAAAUUAGUCAGUGAUCAAAGACUUAAGUGGAUUUUAUCUGUCGGUCAGUUUAGACCGGAAAAGAAUCACGAGCUUCAGUUAGACGCUUUCCAUCACUUCCUUAGCCGUCACAAGUCAGCAAAAAGCGAUGAAAAACACCAGUUCAAGCUUCUUUUAAUAGGUGGCUGUCGGGAUGACAAGGAUUUUGCCCUUGUCUCAAAACUUAAAGACCAGGCUGCUACACUGGAACUUGGAGAUACUGUAGAAUUCCACAUUAAUUUACCCUAUCAGGAGUUAAAAAGCUAUUUUGGACGUUGUUCUGUUAAUUUGCACACUAUGGUGGAUGAACAUUUCGGAAUAAGUGUCGUGGAAGGCAUGGCAUCAGGUCUUAUUACAAUUGCUCACAGAUCCGGUGGUCCACUUACUGAUAUAAUUGGACCCUCAGAAACUAGUUCAUCUUCCAAUCAGUUAGAAAAUCCAGGUGUUGGAUUCCUUGCGUCUACAGUUGAUGAAUACGCAAAUAUUUUCGAAUUGGUAUUGCUGAAAAUGUCUGAAUCACAAAUCGAUGCCAUACGAAAAAAUGCCAUCCAGUGGGUACAUGAAAAAUUUUCUGAGGAUUGUUUCAACAGGGGUUGGAUCGAUCAAAUGAAUUUAAUUAUCUUAUGA